AUGACAGGCAUUUAGGAGGAGCUAGCUAGCUGUCUUUGCUACAGACCUUGCUACAGUAGCUAGAAGACCAGACACUGUAGCAGCCAGCAAUGUCUUUCAUAAGCUCACAAUUAUGAAUUAUGAUUAAAUACGGCUGUCGUGAAUUCUUCAUGAAAUAUUUUUAAAGGAAAUCUAUGUGGACGUACUGUACUGGAGUUAGUAAAAGGAUGGAACACGCACAACGAGAUAAGUUGUCAGAGCUCGUGGAAGAGUUGACCACAUCUGGGGAACCACAACUAAAUCCAAAUAAACUGAAGGAAGUGAAAAAGAUAUGCAAAGUUUCCAACGACUACAUUGAGCACUUCUACCACCUGACCAUGACGCAGCUGGCCCAGGAGCAUGCUGAGAUCCGCCUGUCGGCCUUCCAGAUGGUCAGUGAACUCUUCACACGCUCACACCACUUCAGGGUCCUGCUGGUGGACAACUUCCAGGAGUUUCUGGACCUGACAGUGGAGACGGACUCAGAUGAGCCUCUGCCACCACCCAAAGAGGUGGCCCGAAAGCUGAAGACCAUUGCCAUCAAAACUGUGCAAGAAUGGCAGGCCACUUACGGAGAAGCCUAUAAGAAACUGGCCUUGGGCUACCACUUUCUCAAGCAGGUUAAAAAGGUGGACUUUCAUGAUGUUCAGGCCAGAACACUAGCUGAGAGGAAACGAGAGGAGGAGAGACAGAAAAGACUGGAGAGGAUUUAUAAAGACAAAGUUGAAAAGGCCACCAAGGAAAUGGAAGAUGCCUCAGAAGAGAUUGAAGAGUGUCUUACAGAGAUAAACAACUGCAUGAAGUUGCUUCUGCCUGUAGAGUUUGACCUCAGUGACCUAGAUACCUCAACCCCAGCCAAUUAUUCAACCGUUUCUGUCUCUUCUGUGCCUAAUGAGAAGACUAGCACCUCCAGUGACCUAGACGAACAGCCCUGUUGUAGUAAAGACUUGGAGCUCCAGAGGGAACCCAAGAAUCCAGAGACAAGUACAGCAACGAAAACCAAUGAGGAGAAGGAGGAAGAGGAUCCUAGUGAUGAAGACAGCGAUAUGGAGGAUAUUCUGGAAGAAGAUGCAUUCAUACGCAACACAGGACUCAUAUCUCACAAAUACAGCCUGGACCUGAACCUCUCCACAGAUUUAAAGUUAAAGGAGACAGAGGAAAAUGAAGCAGUGGUGAACACCAUGAAGGACCUGCACAAACUGCUCAGCACUAAACACCUGCCUGUCGUCCAGUACUGGGUUCAGGUUUUCACCAAGGCGGGUGUGCCAGAACCGCUCCUCAGACGUGCCAUAGACUUGAAGUCGUCACUGGAGAGAGCUCUCCAGAAACAUGAAGACCUGCACAUUGACUACAAGGCCAGGCAUCGCAGAGUGAUGAAAGCGCCGGAGGGCAGCAAUGACGACGAUGAUGACUUUGAGGAGGUUCCGGAGAAGGAGGGUUUUGAACCCCACAUUCCAGACCAUCUACGGGAGGAGUACGGUUUAGAGCCGUCCCCCUCUACCUCUGUGGCCAGUAAGAAGCCGGUACAGCCUCCAGUGAAGUGUCCUGCAACAGGAGCCUCUCACACCCUCUCCAGACCCAGGAAGAGAGCCACUGACGAGGAGCAGGACCCCACCUGUGCAGCCGCCACACUCCGCCUCUUCAAGCAGCGCCUCCUACCCCAGCCACCUAGCACCAGCUCUGCAGCAGGAGGUCAUGUGGACCCCACAUACCAGGCUAGUGACCCCAGUGAGGACAGGGACAAAGCUCCAGUCAUCCCCUUCGGUCUGGACCUCUACUACUGGGGAGAGGAGCAACCCACUGCAGGCAAAAUCAUCAAGAAUAGCUCCCAGCACCAGUUCUGGGUUCCCAACGAGGUAGAGGAAGAGGUGGAGAAUAAGGAGCUGGCUGCCCAGAUGAAGUCCAGGUACAUCACGUUCGCUGGCCGCUUCCAGCCCGUCAAGCACAGGUGCAAAAGCCCCAUGCCCAACGGAGCCCUCUGUGAACGCCAGGACCGAGUCAAGUGUCCUUUCCAUGGGCUGAUCAUCCCACGAGACGAGCUGGGAAAACCCACCAACCCAGAGGACGUUGUGCGGCUGGAGAAAGAGGAGUGGAAACGUAGAGAGGACCAGCCUGACUGGCGGGACCCUGAGCUGAUGAGGGACAUAGAGCUUGCCACUGGGGAGGACCUGGGGUCCUCCAAAACCUUUGGGAAGGGCAAGAAAGGCAAGGGGAAGGGCAAGAAGAAGAAGUACCCCAACCUCAGUGAUCUGAAGAAGGGUGUUAACACUUCACGUUCCAGACUAGAGAAGAAGGUUUUCAACCCGAGCUCCAUGAGGCGAGUGACAGACGUCAUGAAUAAAAUGGACAAAUUGAAACACGCAAAGUUUGCAAACCAAUUUAAUUAUGCACUGAAUUAACAGGAAGUUGAGGAGGCCAGUGGAUUUAUAAUCCUCAUGUACUGUACUGGUAGAAAUGACUAUGGAGACUUCUACUACAUUCACAUCUCAUGUCCAUGUAACAACAUCAUGUUGAAUUGCGUCACAUUUAUGCUUUCUAUUUUGUAAAGAAGAAAAAAAUAUUUGCCAAUCUUUGUCACCAGUUGGCUAUUUACACUUAAUGUAGUCCCCCUUUGGGAUUUUCAAUGGCAGAACUCUUUUUACAGCUUUUUGCACUAACUAUUUUUCCAAUAUCUCUUUUGUAAUUAUCACAACCAUUGAGUGCUUAAUGUAUCAAUGCUAUUAUGUGUAAGUGGUAACCAAAUGUUUAACUGUUGUGACAGGCAGCUUAACAAUCGUUGCUCUUGACUCCCAUACAGUUCUGUGUCUGAGUUUGAAAGCACUGUAAGGCUUUAUUGAAACUUCUAUAGGUUGCCAAUAUCUGCCCUGUAUCGGACCUCUCUGGACUGGUAGAGAAAUACAGCCUGUGAAUCAAUAUGAAUAAUUAAAUAUUCACCUGACAAAAUAUCUUCCUUUUUUUAUAUAUAUAUGUUUUCUCUGUUGUGUAGUAGUAUGAUGAUGAUAGUGAAUGUGCUUGUGUUGGAUUAGUGAAUGUUGAUGGCAAGGAAGGAUAUCUUCAGGCCCUGUUGGCUGUUUUGGGUCAGGCAGGCACCAAUUGGGCAGGUCUGGUGGGAGGCAUUAAAAAGUGAAUGUUGAGCUUUGAUUGCAUCAAGGUACUGUCUACUAGUCAUUGGGAGCACAUUAAACGAAUUGUUUGCACAUAA